UUUUUUGUUGUUGUAUUUUUCAGUUUCUUAGAGUAAAAGAACAAAACAUCAAUGAUGACUGACACAGUUUCUGUAAACUCACUAGAUCUAAAGGACGAAAAUGAUCUUUAUGAAGUUAUCUACAUGGAAGAAAUCAAAGAAUCUCAUGUGACCACAAGUGAUAAAGGAACUAUGACUUCAGCUUCGGAGCCGUGCGCUGCAGGAUGCAGGUGUUACAGACUGGCUGUAGUGUGUCUGCUGAUGCUGGUUGUACUCUUGAUGGCCGCUGUCUUAGUACUGGGGGUCAAUUUCAACAACCUGACUGCAGAGAGAGAUGAGUUACAGACCAGUUUUAACAAUAUGACUAGCGAGAGAGUCCAGUUAGAGACCAGUUACAACAAACUGACUGCUGAGAAACAACGUUUGGCAACCAGUUAUACAAACAUGACUAAAGAAAGAGACCAGUUACAGAGGAAUAGAGACGAUCUUGAGAAGAAGAGAGACGGACUCCAGAAGAGGCUUUCUCAGCUGAAGGAAGACAUUAACACACCAGAGUGGAGAUACUUCAACUCCAGUAUUUAUUACAUCUCUACUGAGAGGAAAAGCUGGAGUGACAGCAGAAAGGACUGCAGGAGACGAGGAGCAGACCUGGUGAUCAUUAACAGCCGGGAAGAACAGGACUUUGUUGAGGUGUGGAGAAAAGGUGGAAGUGCUUGGACUGGUGCAAAUGACAGAGACACAGAAGGGAUCUGGAAAUGGGUGGACGGUACAGCUGUGAUCAGUGGGUUCUGGAGUAAAGGUGAACCCAACAACAGAGGUGAUGAGGACUGUGCUGUUUCUGGUUAUCGGUCUAAACCUGUGCCAAAUUGGGUUGAUGUUUCCUGUAGUUCACAGUAUAUUUGGAUCUGUGAGAAGAAAAUCAUCAUUUGA